AUUCGCACCUCCGCCGGCCUCCGCAUCCCGGGUCACACCGCCGUUCUGGGCUGUAAUGAAUCUGUGAUUUCGAUAUCAAGCAAUAGGGAACCAAAAGAUACUGUUAUCGGAAAGAUGAAAUCAAAAGGCUCACAGGGAAAACGAGCUCAAGCACCGAUACCCAGCAACAAUGUGCUUAGUGUUAGUGAGGUGAGUUUCUUUACUAUGGUUGACUUCUUAGUGUACUCGUCAAUUUAUUUGGGCAUUCAGAGGAGAUUGACAAUAUCGAUGAAGGUGAGUAACCUAAAAAAAGCUAUUGUUUAUGUACCAUGUACGUUUUAUGUAGUGAUUAAACUGUCUUCUUAUGAAUUUCAGAGUUGAGCAUGAUUAUGAAGGCUAUUGGUAUAUCUGAUGUUCCACUUCCUCGUAUCCAUACUCCUCGUAUGAGUCCUAAUGUAGAGGCAAGCACAAACAUAUAAGGUAACAU